AUGGCGGCUGUCCUUGAUGCCAUGGCACCCUACGUGAAGAAGAUGAUCAUGGACAUGGCAGAAGAAGAGGUGUCUAUGUUGCUUGGGGUAUCUAGUGAGAUCUUGAAGCUAGAGGGGAACCUUGAUAACCUCAAGGCAUUCCUAGCUGAUGCUGAGAGGAAGCGCAUUACUGAUGAGACCGUGCAAAGAUGGGUGAUGAAGCUUAAGAACGUCAUGUAUGAAGCCACCGACAUCCUAGACCUAUGUAACCUUGAGGCUGACAAGCCGAUGGGGUCGAAAGGAGGCAUAUUGGAAGACAAAGUGCCCAGCUGCUUCCAAUCGUGGCUCUUAUGUCUGCGGAAUCCCAUGUUCGCCCAUGAGAUAGGCAGCCAAAUCAAGGAGUUGAACCAUCGGUUGGAUGGCAUCCACAAGGAGGCUAAAAAGUUCAACUUUAUAGACCUAGGUUCCUAUCCUGAACAGAGGAUGCCAACUAAUGCUCGACAGACUAGCCAGAAGAUGACAUCUGAGUUUGAUGAGUCGAGUAUCGUUGGUGAGAAGAUCGAGAUGGAAACAAGGGAGCUUGCCCAGUUGCUAAUCACCAAUCGUAACCACAACAUCAAGGUGGUGUCCAUCGUGGGCACGGGUGGCAUGGGAAAGACAACACUUGCUCAGAAGAUCUUCAAUGAUACAACCUCCAUCUUUGAUGAUACAACUGUCCAAGAACACUUCAAAGUGAAGAUAUGGCUGAGCAUCACCCAGCACUUUGAUGAGGUGGUGCUACUGAGGACAGCAAUUGAGCAUGCUGGGGGAGUCCAUGGUGGGGCACAAGACAAAACGCUCCUCACAAGGACCCUGAUCGACACCUUGUCCAAGGGUAGAUUUUUUCUGGUCUUGGACGAUUUGUGGAGCGACGAAGCAUGGAGUCAGGUGCUGUCUGUCCCAAUCAAAAAAGCUAGCCAAAAACAAGCGGGGAACUGGGUCCUUAUCACCACGAGAUUAGAAAACCUGGCUCAACAGAUGGGAGCCUCCUUCUACCAGCACCAUGUCAGCCCACUCAAUGAAGAGGACGCUUGGUCCUUGCUCAACAAACAGCUGCCACCAUCGCCUAGUGAGGUUGGUGGGAUUGAUCACCUGAAAGAUGUCGGGAUGAAAAUUAUUAACAAGUGUGGUGGUUUACCUCUUGCUAUCAAAGUGAUGGGGGGACUAUUAAGCACGAGGCACCAAAGUGAGGGUGACUGGAAGGCUGUUUUGAACCAUCGUGCUUGGUCAGUGGUUGGAUUGCCUAAGGAGCUUGACAACGGAAUAUUCUUGAGCUACGAGGAUUUGUCUCCACAGCUGAAGCAGUGCUUCCUAUACUGCUCACUUUUCCCCAAAGGUACCAGUAUUUGGAGGACAUCUGUUAUUCCUAUGUGGAUCAGUGAGGGAUUUAUCCAACCUGAAGAUAAAAGCACUACACAUGAUGAUCGACUAGAAGAAUUAGCAACAGAUUACUACCAGGAGCUAAUCAAGAGGAAUCUUAUAGAGCCAACCGAAAGCAUAUCUGUCACUGGAUCUGCAUGCACUAUGCAUGAUGUGGUGCGCUCCUUUGCUGAAUUCAUGGCUAGAGAAGAAUCAUUGGUGAUCCAAGAUGACCAAACAGCCGGUGGUAGUAGCCAAAGCCUUGUGCGUCGUCUAUCUAUAAGAUCAACCAAAUCGGUACCAGAAUGGAACACACUACAAAAGCAAAAGACAGUAAGAACAUUAAUUAUAAACUGCAGAAUUAAUAUCAAGCCUGGUGAUUCACUGCGUAGCUUGUCCACCCUAAGAGUGUUGUUCAUAAGUGAUGCGGAUUGUGAUCGGCUGGUUGACUCCUUAUGUCAGUUGAGGCACCUAAGGUUCCUUCACUUAGGAAAUACAGAUAUAUCUAGGCUGCCAGACAACAUUGGCAGGAUGAAAUUCCUGCAACACAUUGUGGUUUUAGGCUCUAGGAAUUUGGAGAGUCUUCCCAGAAGCAUUAUAGAGCUAGUACAUCUCAGAACUCUUGACAUAUCUUAUUCAAAUGUUAAUUCUGCGGUACCCAAGGGGUUUGGUGGGUUAAAAAAUCUAAGAACACUUUAUGGGUUCCCGGUACACAUGGUCAGGGAUGAGGAUGGGUACCGGUGCAGCUUGGAAGAGAUAGGGGCUCUACCUCUGCUCAGGGAUCUAUCUUUACGUGGACUAGAAAAUGUGUCUACUAGCUCGUUGGCUAAAGAGGCCAGGAUUCGUGACAAGGAGCACCUUGUUUAUUUGGAAUUAAAUUGGAGCAGCAGCAGGUCCAUGGGAACGAGGGAUGAUGAGAUCAUCAAGACGCAAGAGCAGCAGCAAGUAGCGGAGGAGGUAUUGGAGGAGCUCUGCCCUCCAUCCUGCGUAUAUCAUAUGGUUAUUAGAGGAUAUUUUGGUUGCCGAUUACCGUACUGGAUGGAGGUACCGGCAACAGCUGUCUUUAGAAGCUUGAGUUAUUUGAUGAUGGACAACCUGUCUUGCUGCACCCAGCUCCCUACUGGUCUGUGCCAGCUUCCCAGUUUGAAAUUGCUGCAAAUCACUGAUGCACCGGUGGUCAAGAGUGUCGGGCUUAAAUUCCAAGCGUUCUCCUCCUCUACGUCGGCAUCGGCAUCGGCAGCAGCUUUUCCUUUCCUCGUAAGUCUUUGCCUGGAGGGCUUGUGUGAAUGGGAGGAAUGGGAGUGGGAGUUGGAGCAGCAGGGCGUGGAUUUGACUGCGGGUGGCAUGGCCAUGCCUGCUCUCGAGAGGCUUCAGAUAAGAAACUGCAACCUGAGGUGCCUUCCGCUGGGGCUCACCAAUAGCAAGAGGUAUGCUUUGAGACAAGUUGAACUACACAGGCUCCCCAACCUAAUAUCCGUGGAGAAGCUUCAUUCCGUUGUGGUACUUGAUGUGUUUGACUGCCCUGAGCUGAAGAGGAUAAGCGGUCUCUCCAGGCUGCAGAAGAUGAGGAUCGUCAACUGCCCAAACUUGGAGGCACUGGAAGGUGUUCCUGUGCUCAACAGCUUUGAGCUCGAGGACGCCACCAUGGAGAAACUUCCUAGCUACCUUGGAGGUAUCAACCCAAGGCACCUCAAGUUGGCUUGCAGCAGCAAGUCCAGAUACAAGGAAGCUGAGAGCGACUAUAACAAACACCUGGAGCUGAAUCCUGGGUCUGCUUCAGUGGAAAAGGAAUUAUCCCAGCUUCUUCAGGCUCAAAAUUCAUUACAAUCUGCUUAUGGCCAGUUCGAUUCUGGUGACUUUUCAAAAGUCGUGGAAUACAUCAACAAAAUUGUGCUCGUCUUUUCUCCAGGUUGCUUAAAGGCAAAGCUUCUCAAGGCUAAAGCAUUGCUAGCACUGAAAGACUACUCAAGCGUUAUUUCAGAGACCGGAUUCAUUCUAAAGGAAGAUGAAGACAACUUGGAUGCACUGCUAUUACGUGGUCACGCCUACUAUUACCUUGCUGAUCAUGAUGUGGCCUCCAGGCACUACCAGAAAGGGCUCCGUCUUGAUCCAGAGCAUUCAGAAUUGAAGAAAGCAUAUUUCGGGUUAAAAAAUCUUUUGAAGAAGACUAAGAGUGUUGAAGAUAAUGCUGCCAAGGGUAAGCUACGUGUGUCUGUUGAGGACUACAAGACAGCUCUAGCAAUGGAUCCAGACCAUACUACUGCUUAUAAUGUACAUCUUUAUCUUGAGUUGUGUAAAACUCUGGUCAGACUUGGGAGAAGUAAGGAGGAAAUCAGCAGCUGUACAGAAGCACUGAGCAUAGACAGUGAACUUGUUGAUGCACUUACACAGGUAACUUGCCUGCCUGGAAUCACGCAGAUUAUCAAUGUAAAAUUCAGAAUGCAAACUCAACAUUUCUAA